UAGGCGGAACCCCCCCUGAGCGUCCCCCAGCUCGGUGCACUGUCCUCAGUGACACAGCCGGGGACCGUGUGACCGCACACCGAGAACAUGGUGUCUGUUGUGCACGGUGACUGCGGAUCAGAGGCCGUUCACAAGCGGAGACGCAUGAGCGGCUCGUCCCCUUCAUCAGACGCGCUCACUCCGGCUCGACAGCGCAGGUCCGAGGCCAGACACAGGAAACAGAAACUCAUGUCCAGGCUGAGUGACUCCGGCUUCCAGGAGGACCUGGGAGCCUCUCCGGUGUCUUCCCCGGCCCACACACACUCAGUGUCCCCGCUCCGAGUGCACGAGCCCGCAGCCGGGCAGCAGCUGUCCAGCAGCUGGUUCCUCCAGUACGGAGACAUCGGCUUCAGCGUCCAGAGGGAGAGAGAGGAGCACUUCCAUCCCUGCAGGAGCUUAGCACGACAGCCACAGCUGACGGCAGAGGCGCGCUGUAAGCUCGUCAGCUGGCUCAUCCCCGUGCACAAACAUUUCCGUCUGUCCUUCGAGUGCUGCUGCCUGGCGGUGAACAUCAUGGACAGGUUCCUGGCGUCCACGGCGGUGGCUGCUGACUGCUUCCAGCUACUGGGUGUCACUGCACUUCUUUUAGCCACUAAACAGGUGGAGGUUUGCUCGCCACAGAUCAGCCAUCUCUUGUCACUGUGCUGCGAUGCCUUCACCAAGGAGCAGCUCUGCAACCUGGAGUGUCUCAUCCUCCUUCGACUCAACUUCCGCCUCGCUGCGCCCACCCUGGCCUUCUUCCUGGAUUACUACACCAACUGCAUGGAGGCCGCCCAGAGCAAAGGUGGUGGCAGUUUUGCAAGAAGGAAUCCUGACACAAAAAGACCCAGCCGGUGCAGCAACCUCGCACGGAAGGUGUGCGAGCUGAGUUUAGCGGACUAUGCUUUCAACCAAUACCCAGCCUCUGUGACUGCCAGCUGUGCACUGAGGCUCGCCAGUGAGCUGCUGAAAACUGAGCAGGGGUUUACAGUCCAGUCUCAGGAAGACCAGUGGGACAGUUUUGUGGAUGAGCCAUGCGUCCAACCAGCCUCAUCCGAGAGAGCUGUAGGUCAGGAGGGCUGCAACCACAAUCUGGCUCGGGAAUGCAAAGACAACCUGAAGCUGCUGGUGUCUCUAAACCAGGAGAAGCUGGAUGGGAUGGCCAACAUGUAGUGAGCCAGCCAGAUGUUUGCAAAAUGCCAAAUUCUACUCAAAUAUUUUAGAUAUUAUUUCAACAAAACACAGAAGUGAGGAUGAAGGAUGUUUGGGAUGAAGGUAGUUCAUCCAUAGUUCUGUGGACCUCAGCCAUACUUGAUACCAGUCACCGAAUGUUUUACAACCUAGGUCAUUAUUUAUCAAUGAAGUAUUUUAAGUCUUUUUAUGCACUGACUUGCUGCAGGUUUAUAUGUUAUGUUACUGUUGCAACCUCUAAAUGAAGGAGCUGAAAACUGUGCUGUACU